CUCAUGGAGAACCGACUCAGUGAGUACGUGGGAGCGCCGCUCUGUUUAUUAUGGUUGACUGCUGCGGUUUUGGUUGACCAACCUGUAGUCAUGAAUAGAGUCACACCUCUGAGUACAUUUGCAUGAACUGCGUAUGUAGACAGGGAUUCUGUCGGAGAUCUCUGGAUGGUGGGAGACGAGGGAUGCUCACAAAAAGACCCAUGCAAAGCUUACGAGGAACUGCUCCUAUGGCGGCGCACAUCUAUAUAUAUAUACGCGUCCCGUUCCCUCGCCGUUCGAGUAUUCGUCGAAUUGUUCAACCCCACUCUGAGGAGGCGGAGAGAACGUGCGCUUCGAGGUGGCUAACCUUACACGAGACUCAGCCGGCAAGUUCAUCCAUCCCGACGGCGGAGAUGGCGGCGGCGAUGAGGUGGUAGUGCCGUCGGCGGUGGCUACGAGCAUGACAUCGUCGUUCGAGGAGUACGAGAUGGGGGUGAUGGUGUCAGCGCUAGCGCACGUGCUCGCGGGAGACCGUGGCACCGAUGCGGCGACUGAUAUAUCUGAGUCAACUUCGUGCAUGUUUCCGACGUCCUCGCCACCGUCGUGGGGCGAUCGGGGCGGGCAAAAGAGGGGGAGCGACGACUUCAAGCUUGAGGAGGUGGCCAAGCUCCGCAGAACUGUCGGGGAGUUCGGGGAGUCAUCAUCGACUCCGGCAGCAACGGAACAAACUGCAUCAGCAGCAGCUGCUGCCGCAACAGAAGCGGCUACCCGUUCGACCACCGGAGGAACAGAGCAAGCAGGAGCGAGAAGAAGAUACAGAGGAGUGCGGCAACGCCCGUGGGGCAAAUGGGCGGCGGAGAUAAGAGACCCCCACAAGGCCGCCCGCGUCUGGCUCGGCACCUUCAACACCGCCGAGGCGGCCGCCCGGGCCUACGACGAGGCCGCCCUCCGCUUCCGAGGAAGCCGAGCCAAGCUCAACUUCCCGGACGAGGCCCGCCAUCGGCAAGCGCCGCCGGUCGCUCCGUCCGUCCGGGCGCCGGACUCCGCCGCUCCCGCAGUGCCGCUGGAGUCCCUCCCGUUCGUCGGUCACGGAGCCACAGCCGUCGCCGCCGCCGCCGCCGCCGCCGCCGCGAGUGACUCCUUGGCCUACGCGAGGCUGCUGCAAGGCGCAGGGGAGUACCAGACGAUGCCUCCCGCUUCUCUCUUGGGUCCAAUGAUGUAUUCCACGGCUUCUGCUGCUUCCUUGGCCUCCUCCCAUUCAUUGCCUUCAUCUAAUCCAUCCCCGUUUGCAGUUCCUCCUCCUCCUCCUCCUCCUCCACCAUUUCCUCCUCUGUUCUAUUCUCCAGAAAUGUCGCAACAGAUCGACUUCUUCCAACCUCCACCAUGGACGGAAUCCAGCCGCGAUCCGCCAUCUUCGUCGGGUUAACACCACACUCAUGGAGCUCGACAGAACCUGCCUUCCUCUGUUCAGUUCAGUCCUCCUUUUGUUCUUUAGGAUUCAUACACGAUCUAUACAAAUUUAGUUAUAUUUGAUUCUUAUUUUGCUCCCAUUUCUGUUGUUGUCUUCGUCGUUAGAAAUUGAAAUGAAAAGAAGAUUGAUUCUUCUUCGAUAGAUUGAAUUAUAGGAACCCUGACUUCAAUUCUACUGUGUUAAUUGACCUUCGAUAGAUUGAGAAAUGAAAGCGACAGAAAUAGUAUCAGCUAUCGUUAUCCGCUGAUAUGUAUUUCCUUGUAUCAGCAGCUUAAUCGAGGAGAGAGCAAUGUCUUCGUAUUGGGUAAGCCUACCUAUCACUGUGACCUAACGAUUAAGGCACGAAGAGGGCGACGUAUUACACACCAAGUCUCAUUCCACUAGUCCUUUGGAUGCCAGGCAUGAUUCAUGAUAGACUCCGAUGCUUGAAACACAACUCUCGAAUCAAACUCAAAAUCCACCAAAUGUGAGACUACGCCAGGUUGUGAUCAGGUACAAGGACGGUGAACAUGACGUAUUGGCUUGCGUGUAUAUUUUGUUGUGCAGCGGGGC